AUGGGAAUCGACAAAAAACGGUGCGGUUUAUAUCUCUCUGAGUCAGGGAAUCUGACUAUCCUUUCUUCCGACGGAGUUGCUUAUCCCGGCAAAUUUUCCGCGCGAUUGCAUCCCAAUUCCGUAGUGAUACUCUCAAACGAAAUGGUGGUUUUGAUUUCAAGUACAGUGACUAUCUGCAGAGUAAAACCAAAGCUUGAAGACGGAGGCUUUCGCGUCAACCGGUUAAUACCCAGACCCGAAGUUCCAUUUUUCUCAGCAAUUUCUCGUUCUGGUGAUGAGUUUCUGAGGAAAGGGUUGAGUGAGACGAAGAAGAAGAAAUGUGCAGUUUCGGUUAAGUGUUUAGCUGUGAAGAAAGAACAAGUUGUUCAAACCGUGGAGAGGGCCAAAGGGACGAUUUUUCCUAAAAAAGCGAAAAAUCUUAUCAUGAGCGAUGGAAGAGAUGAAGAUGAGGAGUAUGGGAAAGUUAUUUGUCCAGGCUGUGGGAUUUUUAUGCAGGACAAUGAUCCAGAUUUACCCGGAUAUUAUCAAAAGAGAAAGGUCACUGCAAAGAACUUGGAAGAGGAGGGAGAUGAGACUGAAGAUGAACUUGAUGGGUUUGAAAUGGUUGAUGAUGAUGAUGAUGAUGAUGUGGAGGAGGAAGAUGAUGAUGAUAUCACGAAUGCAUUAGAGGGCAGCAACUCUGAAAGUGAGAGCGAGUUUGACUGGGAAUCAGAUGAGUGGGAAGAGAAGGAGGAAGAAAAUGAUGUUGUAUUGGAUGGUUUUGCUCCGGCUGGUGUUGGAUAUGGUAACGUCACAGAGGAGAUGGAGAAGAAGAAACGGGUUUCUAAAUCAGAGAGGAAGAAGUUAGCUAGAGAGGAGGCAAAGAAAGACAAGGAGGAUGACGUGACGGUGUGUGCUCGUUGCCAUUCUCUAAGAAACUAUGGCCAAGUGAAGAACCAGGCUGCUGAAAACCUCUUGCCCGAUUUCGAUUUCGACAGGAUGAUCUCAACUAGGCUGAUCAAACCGAUGAGUAGCAAAUCCAGUACCACGGUCGUAGUCAUGGUUGUUGAUUGUGUCGACUUUGAUGGCUCGUUCCCCAAACGAGCGGCCAAGUCUCUGUUCAAAGCGCUUCAGAGAGCUGAGAAUGAUCCUAAGGUUGGCAAAAACCUCCCAAAACUCGUGCUCGUUGCGACGAAAGUAGACUUGCUCCCUACACAGAUUUCACCAGCUCGGUUAGACCGGUGGGUGCGCCACCGUGCCAAGGCUGGAGGAGCGCCUAAGCUGAGCGGUGUGUAUAUGGUUAGUGCUCGGAAAGAUCUCGGUAUUAAGAAUUUACUAGCUUACAUCAAAGAAUUAGCUGGUCCACGAGGGAACGUGUGGGUUAUUGGAGCUCAAAAUGCUGGGAAAUCUACUUUGAUCAAUGCGUUCUCCAAGAAAGACGGUGCAAAGGUCACAAGGCUCACGGAAGCUCCGGUUCCUGGAACCACUCUUGGAAUACUGAGAAUUGGUGGUGUAUUGUCUGCAAAGGCGAAGAUGUAUGACACUCCUGGACUUUUGCAUCCUUACAUCAUGUCCCUGAGAUUGAAUUCAGAGGAGCGGAAAAUGGUAGAGAUAAGGAAAGAGCUUCAACCUCGGUCUUACAGAGCAGGACAAUCUGUUCACAUUGGUGGUCUGGUCAGGCUAGACCUGGUUCGUGCUUCAGUUGAAACAAUAUACAUAACGAUAUGGGCAUCGCAUAGUGUUUCAUUGCAUCUAGGAAAAACAGAGAACGCAGAAGAAAUAUUCAAGGGCCAUUCCGGUUUACGUCUGCAGCCACCAAUCGGAGAGAAGAGAGCGUGUGAGUUAGGAGAGUGGGAAGAGAAGGAGAUUCAGGUGACGGGAAGUAGCUGGGAGGUGAAAAGCAUCGACGUUGCAGUGGCUGGUCUUGGCUGGUUCUCGCUUGGUCUCAAAGGAGAAGCAACGUUAGCAUUGUGGACGUAUCAGGGGAUUGAUGUGACCUUGAGAGAACCAUUGGUUAUUGACCGAGCACCGUUUCUUGAGCGGCCUGGCUUCUGGUUGCCUAAAGCCAUCACCGAAGCGCUUGGAACCUACUCUAGCAAGCUUGAUGACGCUCGUAGGAGGAAGAAGCAACAAGACAGUACAGACUUUCUCUCUGAUAUUGGGUAUUUUGGUAAUUGUGAGCAGAGAGCUGAAAUGAAGAGAAAAUGUAGGAUUUGGUUGCCUAAGCAGCUCGAAUCAAGUGAUGAUUUGACGACUUACAGUCUAUUGUUUGGGUGGUUCGUGUGCCAUUCAUCUUCUUGUCUUGACGUUGUGGUUGCCUUCAUCUCUGAUGAAAGCUCCUUCUCCAAUGGCGGAUCUAUGCUCCAAGAAGUACUCCAUGAAACAAAUGAGAAGAUGCCCUUGACUCUGCGGGACAAAACAACAUUUACGCUUCUUGGUCGUUAUGAUAUAUGCCUCAAUGCUAAUGGAAACUCAUCCAAGAUUAUUUCAACAGACAAAGAUGUGUGCAGUAAGGCCGGAGCUUAUGGUAGUCUUUCCAGAUAUAGUAGCCUAAGCUGUGGUUGUCAUAGGGUUGAUGGCUUAUUAGAGGAUUUCAGGAAAGAUUCUGUGCCCAGUCACUGGAUUCAUAUGGUGCACGAUUCAAGAUUGCAUCAUAUACAUUGGAAUGGGGAUAUUGUAUCUCAAUGUGAUGUACACGUUAUAGUCUAUGACACUCCAGUGUUUGGUUCUCACCAUUUCUCGUUAAGCUUUUGGAAUUCUUCUCCUCCGACAAAAGCUCCUCUUAAGAAACCCAAUUGGGUUGAUGAUCUUCACAAGAGGCAACCUCUUAAUGAAAUGGAAACUGUGAUUCUUUCCAUAAAUUGCGCAUCAUCUGCCAAGAUUGCCUAUAAGAAGCUAAUCACGCUGGAUACUUCUUCCCGGAGCUCUUCUAUUUGUUCCUUGAUAUCUUCUUUGACAUGGUGGUUACUCGCCACAAUCAUAAGCUCUUUAUCAAGUCUACAUUAUAGCUUCAUCCGGUUCUUUUACGUACUUUCAAGUUUUCCGAUUUUCUCAUGGGUGCAUAUAGCAUCAAGGAGAGUAUUCAAGAACACAUGGAUCAACUUCAGAGUACGCAGUUGUCAGAUCUUAUAUUGGCCAAUCUUCCUUCAAGAGAAUGACAUGACGUCCAUAUCCUGUGUGGAACAUGCAGAGAAAGCUGCGCUGCAAAGACAUUCUACGUGGUCGGCCAUGGCUGUUGAUCUUGUUCUGGGGAACUUGAUUGGUCUAUCUCUAUUGUUUAACACCGGAUCUGUCUGCUCGUGGAUAUUAACCUUUGCAAAGGAGUUUACGAACGAGAUUUUGCGAUCCGGUUGUGUGUGGCUGAUGGGAGUCCCAGCGGGAUUCAAGCUAAACACAGAAUUGGCUGGAGUUUUAGGGAUGGUAUCUCUUAAUGGAAUCCAGAUAUGGUCUACUCUCUGGUUCUUCAUGGCUUCUUUCAUCUUUUAUUUGAUAAGAGUAAUAGCCAUCACGGGAAUUACAUUUGGUGCAACAGUAUCUGCUGCGUUUGUCAUAGACGCCAUUAGUUUUGCAACACUUCACAUAACUGCUCUUCAUUGGGCCAUCACACUUGUGUACUCUCACCAAAUUCAAGCUUUAGCAGCUUUGUGGAGGCUUUUCAGAGGACGAAAAUUGAAUCCUCUACGUCAAAGGUUGGACAGCUAUGGUUACACAGUGAAGCAACACGUAGUGGGAUCGCUUCUGUUCACUCCUCUUCUGCUUCUCUUGCCAACAACUUCAGUUUUCUACAUCUUUUUCACCAUUACGAGCACUGCAAUAAACUCCGUAUGCAUGUUUAUUGAAUUCGCCAUCUCUGUCAUCCACGCAACACCGUAUGCGGAGAUUAUGAUUUGGUUUGUGAGGCGCAAAAGAUUCCCUUGUGGUGUUUGGUUUGAAAUCGAACACCAUGGAAAGAAGAUCCUCGGUUCCUCGAACGGUGCUUUUGAAGACAGAAGCAACAAUACUGUAUCCAUUAGUCGACUAGAAGAAGAUCAGAUUCCUGAGAAGAAACCAUUGCUAAUGGUCUCCAAUCUUCGCAGCAACUUCUUAAGCAUAGGUCAGAUUCUUUUGCCUCACUAUACGACAAUGUUUUCAGGAGUAUCAGCUUCUUCUCUGACUACAUCAGCUCGCGGAGUCCUCAGUGGUAAAAGAAUGCCAUCGAAACUGGGGCUCGACCUGCCUCCUCCAAGGCCAUGGAUGCACAUGCCAUUGAGACAGUACUGGAUCCUAUGCCAUGAUUCCAUCAUCUCAUCCCGCGGGAAACGGUGAAUUCUCUCUCUUAACUAAUUUUGUAGCGUUUUAAGAAAGGACAAGAAAUAGAAUCUCCCCCAAAAAGCUUGGAGAUGGACACGUGGCAGAGUUAAAAGUUUCCCAAAAGCCUAGGCAGAACGACAGAACAGAGAGUCGCUGAUAUUAUCAGCGUCGGGUGUGUUUGCCGUCGUUUUUGUAUUUAUUUUUGUCGGGAUAGAUAAAAGAACACGUUUUAUAUUAUUUGAUCAUUAAACUGGGUGAAAUUGAAUACUAUUGUGAGCCGGUGUUGUGGAGCCGUCGAUGUUUCGGUCACAAACCCACUUAAACGAUGGAAGAUAAUAGACAGUGCUGUGAGAGUUUAUUACAAAAUUUGGUUACAUGUCAAAAAAUUAUAAAAUUGUGAUGAGUCCCUCUUUCUAUUGAUAAAUUAGAAUUGUAAAGACAACAGAUUUUUUUGUAUUAAGAAAGAGAUUUUAUAUA